UGAUGGAGAGAGUCUGGAAGCUUUUGGCUAUGAAGCGGAAACAAAGUACGACAAAUUAGUAUCAGAGGGAAUCCAUGAGCAAUACUUCUACUUCAAAAAUUUCAAAACUGAUCUAUACGGGAAAUAUUACCAGGUAAUAGUAAACUUGAACACAUCGGUUCUAAAUGCAGUCCAAACACUGAUCUCCCUGUAAGUUACAUACAGAUCAUGUUCCAUUGUUGUAUCGCAUUCCAAAACAAAGUUAUUGAGCAGAAAUAGUUUAUUUCAUUGUUUUUUUAACAAUGACCUUUAUUUUCUAAGCUUUCGAUACAUCACUUUUGGCGACGAAUUAUGUCCAUAUGAAGAUAACUUAUUUGCCUUAAAUAGUUUUUCUAUUUUAGUCACAGCAACAGUUAAGUCUCUGUAUAAGCUUUAAGUGCCGCAAACUUUGAUGAAUAAGCCAAACGAAACUUGAUUAUUCACCGAAUACUGUUUUUUUUUUAAUUUCCAGUAAACGUGACAUUAACAUAACAUCAAUUUUCCGAAAGGCAAUCCAAACAUUGACAUCUACCUAUAUACCCAAUUACAAUUCGCAUUCCUAAUUAGAGUAAUUGAGCUGAAAGCAUGUUUCUGUUUCAGUUACAGCGACGUUGGUUCUAGCGGGCACGAAUAUAUUAAAAACCUAAUUCAUCGUGUUAGUCUGCUUUAUACCAAUUUUGGUAACAUUAUGUCAAUCCGAAAUAAUAAUGUUAUUUAUCACAUCAUAAAAUUAUUGAGCGAAUACGCUUUUUGCUUAUUUUAACUUUGAUAUUGAUUAUCCUUUAUCACAAUAGUGUUUGAUUGUCGUGUGGUGGCUAUAAAGAGGCUUCCUUGACGCCAGUGGAGUCAAUCCAAUGUUAGUAUAUACAGGAGUACCGCUUAAGCCAUUGCUGUGAUGUCUGAGAUGUGUUGCUAUGUUUACAACCUUACAUGAGAAGACACAUUUUAAAUGAAUAUGCUAGUAUUUUAAGCGGAUGAGUCCUAUAUUCUUUAAAAUGAUAAUAAUUCUCGAGAAACAAUUAUCACCCUAAAGUGUUUGUGAUAAUUAUUUAAAGAUGGAAGUCUGUAUUAUGUUCAGUGUUCUCAAAUGUUACACAUUAGUUAUAAAUUUAAAUGUCAUAACACAUGUACUCUUAUUUACUAGUUUACAAAACCUUUCUUACAGCCUCUGAACACGGGCAUGACACUCGUUGAUCAAAUGGGCAAGACCCUUCCAGCAAUUAAUGUAUUUUCGUGUAGUAUCAAGUACUUAGCUGAUGAUAUGUACGCGCAGUUAGAGCAAAAGAUAGCGUUUAUUAGACGGGAAGACAUUAGAUGGGUAAUUACCGUUCCGGCAAUCUGGACGGACCAAGCCAAAUAUUUAAUGAGGGAAUCUGCCAUUAAAGCUGGAAUAACAUCCGACAGUUUGAUAAUGGCAUUAGAACCUGAAGCGGCGUCAGUUUACUGUCGUCAACUUGACUUGUGUGUAAACAGGGAAUCUGGCGUUAAAUUAGCAACCCUGGAAGUUGGAAGUAAAUACCUUGUUUUAGAUGCAGGGGGUGGAACAGUAGACUUAACAAUCCAUGAAGUUGCUUCCUCUAAAUGCGUAAAGCAAAUAGUAGCCUCAAGCGGAAACGCCAGCGGAGGAAAUACAGUGAACAGAGAGUUUGAAAGGUUUUUAAAAGAAGCCAUUUCCGACGAAAAGUAUAAAGAGUUUAAACGUAUCCAAACUGAAGAUUGGCUUUGUCUCAUGGGUGACUUUGAAAUGAAAAAGAAAUCUUUUGAUCCUAAGCAAGACAGCAUAGCGAUAAGAUUCCCACCCAGUCUUAAAGAUGUGUACAAGACGAGCAAGCGUCUGUCGUUCUUGACAAAACUGGGAAAGAGAAAAAGUUUAAAAGAAGCUGUCAAGGAUACGAGUUUUGGUACAGAUAUCACUAUGAAAAGGGACAAAAUCAUUUUUAAAGCAUGCGUUUUCAGCAAAUUCUUUCAACACGCAACGGAUAAAGCAAUAAAAGAAAUUAAAAAACAGCUUGGUAAAUUAAAUGGGGAUACAGUUUCCUGUAUAUUGAUGGUUGGUGGGUUUUCCGAAUGCACGCUUUUGCAACAGGAGGUCAAAUCUUCCUUUCCAUUUAUUCCUGUAAAUGUACCAAUAGAAGCUUCAACAGUGGUUCUGAAAGGUGCUGUUGUGUAUGGAAAUAAUCCUCCUGUCAUUUCAGAAAGAGUUGUAAGAUACACGUACGGCGUGUCAGCCUGUGAUUCUUUCAUAGCAGAUGCUCAUCCUAUUGAAAAGCGUCUCGUUACAGACACUGGAGUGGUCUGUAAAGACAUAUUCUCCAUACAUGUACAGAGAGGAGAACUUGUGAAAACCGGAGAGCCACAACGUGAAGAACGUUACUAUCCUCAGUAUCGAAAUCAAAAGUCUGUAACAUUUGAUGUUUGUGCAUCCAAGUUACCAAACCCAAGGUAUACUACUGACAAAGACUGCCAUAUAAUUGGAAAAGUUGUGAUACAUUUAUCAGAAACAGAUGACGCACGUAGAAACGAAGUUAUUGUGUCUUUUGCGUUUGGGGGAACAGAAGUACUAGUAACAGCGGUUGAGAAGCGGACUGGGAGAAAAGUGAAAACGAAUGUCAGCUUUCUUGAAUAGAGUGGAACAUUUGAUUUGUUGCAUUUGUUACAUACUAGCGGACCAGGAUUUUAAAAUCCGACCAAACCUCAAAUGCAUACAGGUGGUUCUAAAAUGACACCUUUAAGUACCUGUUUAUUGACGCGUUUUCUCUCCAACAACACAAGAAACAACAAAUUGCUCUGCAGACAUUGUAAAGUACUUCAACUGGAGAAUAAUAGGUCUCUAUCGGACUCUUGAUUCCAAAAGGUAUUUGUGCAAGACUGUGCUCAAAGAUUCACAUUUUUUGUGUGCAUAAUAAAUUAUAGUCGAUGUAUUACAUGUACAUGUAUAUACAUUUUUAUUUUAUCUGGUCUCGUAUAUUUUAAGCAAAUUGGAUCUAUGUUUAGAGUUCAAUGUCAUUUCUCAAAAUCUAUCUACCAGGCAAAAAAAAAAAAAAAAAAAAAAAAAAACCCAACCAACGAAAUAUAAAUUACAUAGAGGUUUUUUUUCAUCUACGACUGAUCUAUAGACUGAGACCAAAGUGUUUAAAAAUAAACUACUCAUUUACAAAACAUUUGUUUGAAGUUAAUUUCUCGGUUUAUAACAACACGGUCUUUUUUUAAAUUUAAAAAUCAUGAUCUUUUCUAACUGAAAACCUACAUAUUUUGUGUAUAUGACAGCUUAAGCAGCUUGUGUGUAUGAGUGUCCAUAUGUAUGUGUAUCAGUAUGUGUGUAUGCUCGCGUAUCUGAGUACUUGCAUAUGUGUUUGGGGUGAUUGCGUGCGUGUUGGUGUGCGUGUUAGCAAAUAUAGACCUCAUUCAGUGUAAAUUACUAAGUACUAAAUAUUGAUCCAAUUAGGCGUUGCGUUGAAAUAGCUCUUUCUAGGUACAUGGGUGUGUUGAAUUUGUAUUAUCCUCAAGAUGGCAACAUGUAUGUAAAAUGUAUUUAAAGGCGAUGGAUAAAUGUUCUUGUAUUUAUAGACAACAGUUAUAUAUGUAGUUAUACGCAAGACCAGUUCCAUAAUAUUUACUAAAUGUAUAUUUGUCAAAAUGAUGAAAAACAUUUGUUUUAAUUUUUUC